AUGUCAGGGCGAAGGAGGAAUGUUGUCUAUCGGCUUCGUGGUCUGCCUCUCAACGUCUCCGAUACCGAAGCCGACGCUGUAUUAAGGACACUGUUGUCCGAUAAAGAACUCCAAUCUAUUCGUCCAAAGAUACGUCUGGUUCCAUCCUGCUAUCGCGAUGAUCCUACAUCCACGGCAUUCGUUACUCUCGAAUCAACCCCUUCCUUUCUGGCUGAUCUCGAUAAAGAGCCACUAGAAGAUUGGCAAGAGGAGGUCGAGAUCGGCGAUGAAGUACUAGAUAUAAAUUUCGAUCGUCAUUUCCAUGGAUUCACACAACUCUAUCGCACAAAUCCUAAUAGCUUGGUCAAAGCAGAUAUAAUAACACUGUCCGGCCUAGAUGGACACGCCUUUGGCUCCUGGCGAGGAAAAGGGAAACUUCGCCGGAUGUGGCUUCAAGACUUCCUCGAGGGUGACAUCCCAGAUUGCAGAACAAUGAUAUAUGGAUAUAAUUCCAGGUUGCAAAGUAGGGGAGUCAAUACCAUGUUUGACUAUUGUGCAGAGUUCAUACAAGAACUCGAGAAGAUUCGUUCUUCGUGGGAAGAGAUAUCCAGACCCCUGAUCUUGAUUGGACACAGCUUUGGAGGCCUUAUAGUCGCCCAGGCUCUCGUGAAAGCGAAACAGCUGGAUAGGGAUCCCAAUCCUACAAUCCGAGCGCUGUACGACGCGAUUAUCGGCAUUAUGUUUUUCGCCACACCGCAUCGUGGAAUUCUUAUUGAUGACAUCCGGUCCAUGGUUGGGGACCAGGGCGCUAAUCCUCGAACUCUUUUGGUUGACCAAAUUCAAUCCGGAUCGCAACAGCUGAAGGACCAGCUCGAUCAUUUCAAGAAUCUGAUCCAAGGCCGGAAAAUCAUUAGUUUCAUUGAGAUGCAGCAAACGAAAAGCCUUGUCAGAAAUUCUGAAACUGGGGUUUGGUCACGGUCAGGGGAUUACAUCACAGUGCUUGAGCCAAUGGCUGCGCUUCUUGAUCUUCCAGAUCAUGAUGAGAUUAAGAUCAGAGUCGAUGCUGACCAUUCAUCUAUCGUCAAGUUUGACUCGAAGCAUGACCCGACAUAUCGGAGUGCAGUACUUUAUCUCCGACAACUUGAACGCGUGGCUACUCAAAAGCUCGAAGGGAAGCAUACACUUGGGCAGAGUGUACCGCCGCAUCAGCCCACUGCGAGACAAUCGACUGGAGACGAGGUCAGCGAAUCAAGUAUUGAUAGAACCGGACUGACAGUUCUGUAUGAGCCAAAUAAUGCUAUCGCUGAUAUUGUACUGGUCUCAGGACUAGGUGGCCAUCCAUGGAGGACGUGGGCAUACGGGGUCACAGAGGCUGAUGAUCCUAUGGGAACUCCAACCUGUUCCGCAUAUUGGCCAAAGCAAUUUUUACCCACCCAAUGCGAUAACGCACGAAUCAUGACUUUUGGGUUUGUGCAGGAAACUCACGAUAUUUCAAAUCUUCUUGCCAAAGCUCCGGAAUUACUCUCCGCUCUGGUGAGGAGCAGGCCAUUGGGAAGAAGCAUCAUUUUUAUAACCCAUUGCCUUGGUGGUAUUCUUGUCAAAGAGACACUUCGCCUUGCAGAGAUUGGUAGCACCUUACAAAUGAAGGAUAUAGUGAGCUACACUUUCGCCGUGAUAUUCUUCAGCACCCCUCAUCAUGGCGACGGGGACGGCUCAUCUCUAGCUGAUGUUAGUAAUAAGAUGCUGCAACACCUUGAACCGGAAACGCAAAGCAGUCUCGCCAACCCUUCAGCUGAACUACAGAAUUCUCUGGACACUUGUCAGCGGACUUUUAUCUCACAAUUUAAGAAAAAUGGUUACCAAAUCAAGGACUUCGUGGAAAAUGUUGACACAAUCCUUCCAAAAGCUGUGACAGCGUUUGAUCUGCGUGCUGAGAUGAUCAACAAAAGCCACUCCGAAAUAUGCCGUUUCGAAGCGCCUGAUGAUCCAGGAUAUCGGCAAGUUAGUAAUGCUCUUCAAGCCUUCAUGAUGAGUGUCAAAGGCCAACAGCUUUAUCUGCGGGACCAGUGUCUGGCUUCCUUGUUCUUUCCGGAACUUGAGAACAGAGAAAGCGACAUUACUCCAGCGCUAGAAAAGACGGGCGACUGGAUAUUCAACAACCCCGAUUUCGUUAAUUGGUCGAAAUGGAAAGACACUGCCCAGAGGCCAAACAAUAUCAUUUGGCUUAAGGGAAAACCUGGAUCCGGGAAGUCAACGCUGAUGAAGAAGGCGCUAUAUCAUAGUAAGGCGCUUGGACUUUCAGAUUCGGUUUCAGUUGCAGGCUUCUUCUUUACCACUAGAGGAAAUAUUCAGCUCCAAAAAACGCCUGCUGGACUGUUCCGUACAAUUCUUUUUGACCUUCUUAAGCAAGACAAGGCCCUCCUUUCCGCCUUCAUUUUGGAGUUUGUCAAGAAAAGAGCGACGCCAGGAUGUACCGUUAGCUGGCGUGUUGUAGAGCUUGAGGAUUUUCUUCGGUCUGCAUAUUCUGGACAAAUUCAGUCCAUCCAGAAAGCAGUAAUAUACGUCGAUGCACUUGAUGAGUGCGAUAAUGUCGAUGGUCAGGAUAUAGUACGAGACCUUGUACAUUAUUUUCGAUCACUCACGGAAGGACCAUUGAUCAAGGUUUGCUUGUGCAGCCGCCACUAUCCACACAUAAAAAUACCCGACUGCCCUCAAAUUGUCGUGGAAGCUUUUAAUAGCCAAGAUGUGUUGCAUUUUGUCAACACGAAGCUCUGCCCUGAAAGCAAGCAAGAUAGGUCAAGGCGCUAUGCUAAGGCUAUUGCCAGUAGAGCCGAUGGUGUAUUCCUCUGGGUCAUCCUUGUCGUCAAGAGUCUCAAUAUUGACUUGGAUAAUGAACGAACAGAUGAAGAGAUAGAAGAAACCCUCAACACCUUACCGCAAAAACUUGAAGAUCUAUUUGGGAGCUUGUUUAUAGGAAAACGCUCAAAGAUCGAAAUGCAAAAAGCAGCCUUGAUCUUCUCCCUAAUUCUCACAAGCGCAAGGCCACUAAAUCAACAUGAAAUCAGACAUGGCUUGAGCCUUUCCGCCAAUGACACUGCACCUCCAAGUGAAGCUGAACAGUGGCAGGACUCCAGUUAUUGUCUACCAUUUGAGGCUGAAGCUUUUCUAACAUCAUUGAGAUUCUACACAAGAGGGCUGGCGGAGGUGUCAUUUCGUGGGGGCGCCCAUGAUACAGGCUUCGCGUCAAAACGUUUAUCUUUUAAAAGAAAAUGGACUCGAGAUCUUUCCAAAUCAUCAAUUGAUGAAGGAAGGCACCCCCUCCUAAGACCUUUAAAAAUCGAAGAUCUUCUCAAUCCAUCAAUCGAAGAAGAAGAUAAUGAAAAUAAUGAAAAAGAAAAGGAAAAGGAAAAGGAACAGGGAAAAGAAAAGGAGGAAGAAAAGAGAGAAGAAAUCAGUUUUCAUAAGCCCUCAGAGUCUCGGUUAUCUCCAUACGAUACAAAAUUUCCUGACGAGUUCAAGCCUCGGCGUUCCCUUAAUCAAAGACAGCCUAAUCGAAAAGUAGGGGUAGCGACAGAAGGUCUUUAUGGCGAUAAUCUGGGUUCCGUGCAAUUCAUACACGAAUCUGUGCGCGAGUACUUCCUCUCAAAAGGGUUUCUAGCCUUAGACAAGGUCAACACCCCGCCCAGUCUGGCCGAACGACAUCUCAAGUAUAUUGAUGUAUGUAUGCGAGUUAUUUCCCUUUCACCUUCGUCGCGAAAAGGUGAUGAUAUUCCCAAGUUAUGGCGCCAGUUUCCACUUGUUCCAUAUGCAGGCAACAACCUCCCUUACCAUAUCUCUGAAGCUGAACUAGGGGGUUCUGUCUCCGAGAAGCUGAUUUAUGGCCUUAUUACCGAAGGGCCAUCUGGCUUCUGGGCCAAAUGGAGAAAUUGCCUGGAGGCUCUCAAAACGAGCGAGCAACUUAAAGAACUGACGAAGACCGUUGAUCCUACGUAUAUUCUCGACUCACCACCUUUUCAUUUUCUAUGUCAAAUGGGAUUCUUUCUCUCCGCUGAAUCCUUUCUUCGUCACGGCGGGAACAUAGAUUCUCGAGAUGCCUACAUGAAAACGGCACUACAUCAUGCGAUCGAGAACGCCUCAAUAAAGACGGUUGAAUUUCUUACUCAAAGAAACGUAGAUUUACAUGCCAAGGACAGAAAAGGAAACACUCCUCUUCACCGAGCUGCGUCUUGCAAAGUAAGCAAGCGGACAAUGGACAUCUUACUGGCGCCCAUUUUCCAAGACACUUCAUGCCUAUCUGAUGUUAAUGCUAGCGGAAACACCCCUCUUCAUGAAGCUGCAAGUUCGGGUAAUUCCAAUCUUGUUCAAGCCCUGUUGUCGCAAGGUGCCGCGCUCAACACAACAAACAAGACAGGAAGCACAUCUCUUCAUCUAGCCGCAUCAAGAGGGUACGACGAUAUCGUUCAGUUUCUACUAGAGGCUGGUGCAGAACCAAAUGUCAUGAAUGACGACGGAGCCAUGCCUCUUUACUUAGCCUGCCAAGCUGGCCACGGCACCACUGUGGCAUCUAUUCUUCGCUUGCCCAGCAUUGAUCCUAACUUACCCAAUGCACAGGGUGACGCGCCAAUACAUAUAGCCGCAGAAGGCCAGAACAUCAGUCCGAUACAGGAACUAUUCCGCAGAAACGCCAAUAUAAAUGCUCGAAAUAGAAGAUGGCUGACGCCCAUACACUUACGGAUCACCGCGGGCCUUCAGAUCAAGUUUCUUGUUGCAUCAGGGGCAAACAUAGAAGCCAGGACUCCAAGUGGGCAAACACCCCUUCAUCUAGCCGCCAAUUGCGACCAUAUUGAUGCUGCUGCUGCCCUAAUUAACGGCGGUGCCAAUAUCAGCGCUGUAGACUAUGAUGGUAAAACAGUCCUACACUAUGCUGUCGGGAAGGAGAAUUUCGGCAGGUGGUUUCUGACCAACAUCCUUCGACGAGAAAUAAAAAUCGAUGUAUCAAAACCAGAUAAGAAGGGCCGCACACCACUGCACUAUGCUGCUCAGGCAGGAUAUCCCACAGUAUUCAAGAUGCUACUGGGAGCUGGAGGCGAAGGUGACCUGGCCCGGAAAGAUAGAUACAACUGCACCCCUGUUGACUACGCCACGAGCGAGACUAUUGAUAGCAUGAGAUAUAUCUUGGAAGCGAAAGGAUAUAAAAGAGUUAUGAGGCUUGUAAAUGGAACGAUGAAACGGGUGUAUGAGGCGCCACGGCAGCCAGUCGGUUAA